GCUGACGCGGGUGUCUGUUCGAACAAAAUCUUGUUCAAACCCGCAGUAGGAGCGGUCUAUUUAUUUAUUUAUUUCUAUUCUUUUUGAAACGUCUCACUACUGCUCUUCCUUUGAAACGCCUGACCAUUGCGUCAAUGCCCUCUAGCUCCGAUUGCCGCCAAAUGCGGACGGACAGAAGAGCUUAUGCCUAUUGUACGGACACUCAUCGCCAUCGGGGAUGAAUGGCAGCGAGGGCAGGUGGUGAAAGCGGGAUCUCUCGUCCCAGCAGGAAAGGAAGGCAGGUGUGCGAGUGGAUCUUGUGCGCUCCUCCAUCGCGGGACGUACAUCCAUAUCCAUCCGGCCGAUCUUGCCAGAUCUCGGAGGAGGAGGGGGAGAGGAGGAGGAGGAGGAGGAGGAAGAGAAGAGGAGUACCAGAAGCGUGAGGAGGAGGAGGAGGAGGAGGAGGAGGAGGAGGAGGAGGACGAGACGCACGAGGAGGAGCAACAGAAGCAGGAGGAGGAGGAGGAGGAGGAGGAGGAGGAGGAGGAGCAGCAGAAGCAGGACGAGGAGGAAGAGGAGUACCGGAAGCGUGAGGAGGAGGAGGAGGAGUACCGGAAGCAGGAGGAGCAGGAGAAGGAGGAGGAGCAUAAGAAGCAGGAAGAGGAGCAGGAGCAUCAGCAGCAGGAGGGGGAGGAGGAGGAGGAGGAGCUGCAUCAGCACAAGGACUAGGAGGAGGAGGAAGAGAAGCAACAAGAGGAAGAGCAGC